UCCUGCUGAUGAUUCAGUGCUGCAUGCCAUGCACACAACAGGCAGAGCGAAGGAAAGACCUAACUACUUCAACACAACACAACACAACUUCUUUUGCUGUCUGCAUUUGUUUGUACAUAUUUGUCAAACUUUAUGGCUGUUCAGCGAGACCAUUUGUACCUCAUUGCAAUGGAAUGUUUACUUUACAGAGACUCUCAUAAAGACUGUUUAACCUGCAUUAAUUCACAUUGAGAAAAUCAGGACAAGAUGGCUGCACUCAUCUCAGAAAACUUCAAAUUCGUUGCGCUCUUCUUCAAGAGUAAGGAUGUCAUGAUCUUCAAUGGCCUGAUAGGUUUAGGGACAGUAGCCAGUCAGACAGUAUACAAUAUUUUUGCAUUUCACUGUCCAUGUUCACCAAAGAAGAAUUACCUGUACGGACUGACUGCUAUUGGUGUACCAGCUCUGGCUUUCUUUGUCAUCGGAGUGAUGCUGAAUCAAAAUACCUGGGACAUUGUGUCAGAGUGCCGCACCAGAAAAUGUCGGAAAUUAUCACUGUCUGCUGCUUUUGCUCUUUUGGGCUCCAUUUUGGGGAGAGCAGUUGUUGCCCCCAUCACUUGGUCAGUUAUUUCCCUCCUGAGAGGGGAGGCGUAUGUCUGUGCUUUCAGUGAGUUUGUAGACCCCUCUUCUUUGGAUCAUUUCCCUCCUACUACAAAGACUCCAGAGAUCAUGGCCCGGUUUCCGUGUAAGGAUGUACCUGCUCCAUUUAUGAACUACUCAAGAGUGAUUGAACGCCAGCUAAAGUAUGAAUCCCAGUUGUUGGGCUGGUUGCUGGUGGGAAUCAUCUCCCUCGCUGUCUUUCUGCUCCUCUGUCUGAAACACUGCUGCUCUUCUCUUGGCUAUCAGCAGGAGGCGUACUGGUCCCAGUAUCGUUCCAGCGAACAAACUCUUUUCCAGCGUACAGCUGAAGUACAUGCUAAAUACCAUGCUGCUGAAUGUGUCAAGAACUACUUUGGCUUUGUGGCCUUGAAAGAUGAAGAGAAGCAGCUUCUAGAAGUCUGCAAGGGAAUCAAGAGUGUCAUUCCCAGAAUGGAGUGGAACCGCGUCACAGGGGUUUACAUGUACAGAGAGACUGAUGACACUCCCAUCUACAGCCGCUUAAACAAAUGGGACCUGUACACAAAGGAGAACAACUGUUAGGCAAAUGGAAAACAUUUGAUAUAUUCAGAAUUUUUCAUUUAUUAUUUUUUAAAUUGUUUUUAUUGUUUGUUGUUGUUCCUUCAUGGUAAACAUGC